UUCCUUUGUCAGAACGUAUAAAGACUGAAACUGUGUGAAUGUGUACAACUGCUCUUCAGUAGCUGAUCUGUGCUGUGAUCGCACCAUGUCUAUCCACUGUGAACUGGUAAUACUGAUACUUGCACUAACUCUCGAUGGCCAAGUUCAUACAGGACAGAUCUAUGGAGGCAAAGAGGCUGAGCCACAUAGCAGGCCUUACAUGGUGAUUUUGGAGAAAAAAAUGAGUAAUGGUGUAAUAAAACACUGUGGGGGUUUCAUUCUGAAUGAAGAUUUUGUGAUAACUGCAGCCCACUGCCAAGCCAAGUCCUACAGAGUCUUACUCGGAGUGCAUGAUUACUCUAAGACAAAAGAAAUACAGAGUAUAGAUGUGGAAAAAGCAUUUCCACAUAAAGACUAUAAUUCGACUGAUUACAUAAAUGACGUGAUGAUUCUUAAGUUGAGCUCCAAGGUGAAAUUCAGCGAAACUGUGAAAGCCAUCCCCCUCGCAGGCCAAAAUGAUGGCUCUCCAAAAUCAUGCAUAGUCUCUGGCUGGGGAUCAACCAGCAAAGAAAAUGAACCUGGUCAACGUAUGUCUCGUGUACUCAUGGAAGUCAAUGUAACUCUCAUUGACAAUGAGUUUUGUAAAAGCAAUGGCAUGUACUGCUCUGAGGGAGAGGUUGGACCACGUGUGGGAGACUCCGGUGGUCCAUUGGUCUGUGAAGAUGGGAAGGCGUAUGGAGUGGUGUCCCAUUCCUUCCAAGACUCGUAUCGUUAUACUAUGAUCUCUGACCACAUCAUGACAUGGAUUGUUUCGACAAUUAAAAAUGCAUGAAAAGGCUCUUGUGCAUGUCACAUUUGAUUAAUCAAAUCACAACAUUUGAAUUUAUUUCAUUGUAUUAGUAUAACACUGGAGAACAGAUCUUAAAGCAGUAAAACUGUCAGACCAAAGUCUGGAUUUACUUGCUUGAGAGGGUUUUUUAGCUUGAUUUGACUGACUUCAGAAAGUGACAUGUUUUGGCCUGUAAUGGCACUGCUGUUUGUUUUUUUUUUCUGCUGCUUGACAACGUGACAACUACACAUUAGUCAAUAAUGUUUAGAUUACAAUUCAUUACAAUUUUAUUUUUACAAGCCAAGCAUUGCAUGCAAAUUAGUUAUGGCUUAAGAAAUAUGAGUGUAGAUGCUGUUUAAUAGAUGUGAUAUAUGAUAUUAGAUACCAUAUGUUAUUCUGCUCUUUAAUGCAACAUUAUAAACAUUUAAUACAUUACAGUUUUGUGCAUCAUCUAGACUUGAUAAAAUGAGAACACGGGGUCCUUUAAGUUUGUAUUGUACCAUCUUUUCAACAAUAAACUGUUGUUCUCUC